CAAAGCAGGGAACGAAAAAUCGAAAUCAGUCGGGGACGUUCUCUGGUAAAUCGUUGAUAGAUACCAAAGAAGUGGAUGUGAGGAAAGAACGUAUAAUUUUUUCUCCAAUAAUCUUCAUAGAAGAAAAAGUGUUGAAAAAUUUCACCUGAAGAAAAAUUAACCAAAUAGUUAUAAGAAUAAACCAAAAACUCGCCGCUGUAGCGGGGUAGUAUUGGAAUUACGUGUAGUGUAUUGCAAGUGACAAAUAGUGUAGAUAGACAUGAAAAAAUCCAGUUCAAGUUAAAAGUGGGCGCAGUAUAAGCGUAAUCGCUGGUGUUGUGUGUGCGAAAAUUUCUGGACACCGCAGUGUGGUGUCAGAAAUUUGAUGAAAAUUUAUCGUGUUUCAUAAAAACUAUAAUCAUUAUAGGUACAUAACACAAUUGCAUUGAAGAAAGAAAGAAAAUACACCAACAAAACUUCCGUAUAACCCGUAUACCUAGAAGAGCAGUAAUCAGUGGCCGCGAGGCAGCCACCACCACUCGAGUCAGGGCAGCAGCAGCCCCAGUAGCACAACCAACAGCAGCAGCAGCAAAAUGGAGCAACUAAUCCCGAUUGUAAAUAAGCUGCAAGAUGCUUUCACGCAAUUGGGCGUGCACAUGCAACUUGAUUUGCCACAGAUUGCCGUCGUAGGCGGACAAUCGGCCGGAAAGAGUUCGGUGCUGGAGAACUUCGUUGGCAAAGAUUUUCUGCCUCGUGGUUCGGGCAUCGUAACACGUCGACCAUUGAUCUUGCAACUUAUUAACGGUGUUACUGAGCAUGGCGAAUUUUUGCAUUGCAAGGGCAAAAAAUUCACCAGUUUCGAUGAGAUCCGCAAAGAGAUCGAAGAUGAGACGGAUCGUGUGACUGGCAGCAAUAAGGGCAUAUCCAAUAUUCCAAUUAAUUUGCGUGUCUACUCACCACACGUACUCAAUUUGACACUUAUCGAUUUGCCUGGUCUAACCAAGGUGGCGAUCGGUGAUCAGCCAGUUGAUAUUGAACAGCAAAUCAAAGGCAUGAUCUUUCAAUUUAUACGCAAAGAAACUUGUCUCAUUUUGGCUGUAACGCCAGCCAAUACGGAUUUAGCCAAUUCGGAUGCCUUGAAAUUGGCCAAAGAGGUAGAUCCACAGGGUGUGCGCACGAUCGGUGUGAUCACUAAACUCGAUCUGAUGGACGAGGGUACAGAUGCGCGCGAUAUUUUAGAGAAUAAGUUAUUGCCGCUGCGACGGGGCUACAUUGGUGUUGUAAAUCGUUCGCAAAAAGAUAUUGAAGGUCGUAAGGAUAUCCAUCAGGCGUUGGCAGCUGAACGCAAAUUCUUCCUUAGUCAUCCAUCAUAUCGGCAUAUGGCCGAUCGUUUGGGUACACCAUAUCUACAGCGUGUACUCAAUCAACAGUUGACCAAUCAUAUCCGUGAUACACUUCCCGGCUUACGUGAUAAAUUGCAAAAACAAAUGUUGACGUUGGAAAAGGAUGUGGAACAGUUCAAGCAUUUCAGACCCGACGAUCCCAGCAUUAAGACGAAGGCGAUGUUGCAAAUGAUUCAACAAUUGCAGUCAGAUUUUGAACGCACCAUUGAAGGUUCCGGCUCAGCAUUGGUCAAUACAAAUGAGCUAUCAGGUGGUGCUAAAAUCAAUAGAAUUUUCCAUGAACGCUUACGUUUUGAAAUUGUUAAAAUGGCUUGUGAUGAAAAGGAGUUGCGUCGCGAAAUCUCAUUCGCCAUUCGUAAUAUACAUGGUAUUCGUGUGGGCCUUUUCACACCUGAUAUGGCCUUCGAGGCGAUUGUCAAACGUCAAAUUGCACAACUAAAGGAGCCGGUCAUAAAGUGUGUCGAUCUAGUCGUACAAGAGUUGUCCGUUGUGGUGCGCAUGUGCACAGAUAAGAUGUCACGCUAUCCACGCUUGCGUGAGGAAACCGAACGCAUCAUCACUACACAUAUACGCCAGCGUGAACAGUACUGUAAGGAACAAAUUCUGUUACUCAUCGAUUUCGAAUUGGCCUACAUGAAUACCAAUCACGAGGAUUUCAUUGGCUUUGCAAAUGCUCAGAAUAAAUCUGAAAAUUCCAAUAAGACUGGCACACGCCAGCUGGGCAAUCAGGUUAUACGCAAAGGCUAUAUGGUCAUACAAAAUUUGGGCAUUAUGAAAGGCGGUUCGCGUCCCUAUUGGUUUGUCCUGACAUCGGAGAGUAUUUCCUGGUACAAGGAUGAGGAUGAGAAGGAGAAGAAAUUUAUGUUGCCGUUGGAUGGUUUGAAAUUACGCGAUAUUGAACAGGGCUUCAUGUCAAUGUCAAGACGUGUCACAUUUGCUUUAUUCAGUCCAGAUGGACGUAAUGUUUAUAAGGAUUAUAAACAACUUGAGCUGUCUUGUGAGACCGUUGAAGAUGUUGAAUCGUGGAAGGCUUCAUUCCUACGCGCUGGCGUUUAUCCUGAGAAGCAAGUGGCACAAGAGAAUGGUGAUGAGCAGGAAGGACAAGAGUCCGCCAACGAAGAGAGCGCAUCGGAUCCACAGCUGGAGCGUCAGGUGGAAACCAUUCGCAAUUUGGUAGAUUCGUACAUGAAGAUCGUCACAAAGACCACACGUGAUAUGGUACCGAAAGCUAUUAUGAUGUUAAUCAUUAACAAUACAAAAGAUUUCAUCAACGGCGAGCUGUUGGCGCACUUGUAUGCCACUGGAGAUCAGGCACAAAUGAUGGAAGAAUCAGCGGAAUCGGCCACAAAACGUGAAGAGAUGCUGCGCAUGUAUCAUGCCUGCAAGGAAGCGCUACGAAUUAUCGGUGAUGUAUCCAUGGCCACAGUGUCGUCACCGCUACCACCACCUGUUAAAAAUGAUUGGUUGCCCAGCGGCUUGGAUAAUCCACGUCUCUCGCCACCCAGUCCUGGUGGUCCACGCAAACCUGCACCCACAUCACAGGGCUCUUUGGGCGGCGCCGGUGGACGCGGCCCGCCACCACCACCUGCAUCAGGGCGUCCAGCGCCAGCGAUUCCCAAUCGCCCAGGCGGCGGUGCUCCACCAUUGCCAGGCGGCCGUCCUGGCGGCGCUCUGCCACCACCACUAUUACCUUCUCGCCCGGUGCCGAAUGCGCCACCCAAGCUGCCAGAACGACCUUCAUACUAUGGCAACACUACAAAUGGACGUCCAUUUUGAGGAGGCAUACAAAAUGGCGGCUGUGCCAUGUAGAGGAACUCGUGUCGUACGAGUGGAUUCCACCGCUUUUGUUGGUGUUCGUAUACAACAAUAUUAGACUUAAAAUAUUAACAAUAGAAAAAACUAAAAAAGAAAAAUAAUAUUAAAUCGAUAACAAUGACAAACACACGCCUGAUUAAACUAAGUGUUUAGUUAAAGAAUGGAAACGAAAAAUUUAAAUGUAACACAAAAAAGCGACCAUUUUUUUCGAGUAUUUUUUUU